AUGAAGGAACAUUUCCACAAACGUGUGCGAGGAACGGCCAUACCUCUUAUAUUAAAAUUAUGCGCAACUCUGCGUUUCCUUGCUGACGGUGGGUAUCAAAAAUGCAGUGGAAAUGAUUUUAACAUUGGGUUGGCGCAACCUACGGUAUCUUUAGUAAUUAAAGAGGUUCGAAAUAUAAUUGAACAACGUAUUUGUGCCCAAUGGGUUAAAAUUCAAAUGACUGAGGAGGAGCAAAACGCUUCAAAAGUUUCAUUUUAUUCAAAAAGUGCUUUCCCGGGAGUAGUUGGUUGCAUCGACGGGACUCAUGUUCGCAUAAUUUCACCAAGAAAAGAAGUGCAACAUCUUUAUCUUAACAGAAAGGGCUACUACAGUUUAAACGUGAUGAUUCUUUGUGAUUAUAAAAUGUCUAUUCGGUAUGUGGAUGCUAGGCAUGCAGGCGCAAAUCAUGACUCUUUUGUUUUCAAUGUUAGCGAUUUGAAAGUGCAUUUACAGAACAACAUACAGAAUAACACUUGGAUCUUGGGCGACGCUGGCUAUCCUCUGCACAAAUUUUUAAUGACGCCUUAUCGCUUGGCGUAAGCUUCUUCACCCCAAGCACGCUACAAU